AUGCAGCACCAACCCUUGCGGCACCCCAGAAAGCUGCGGGUGGUGACAAUAGGCGGCGGGAUCAGCGCUAUGAAUCUGGCUUACGAGGUGAUGCAUGGGUACGAUGAAGAGGCAGGAAACUUGGAGGAUAUAGAGCUGGGCGGGACGUGGGUUGUGAAUCGGUAUCCUGGGGUCGCGUGCGAUGUGCCGGCGCAUAUAUAUACUUUUCCCUUCGAGCCCAACCCCAACUGGACCGCCUUCUACGCCAGCGGCCCCGAGAUCCAAGCCUACUUCACGCGCACAGUAGCAAAAUACAACCUCGCCCGCGACGUCAAACUCUCGCACGAAAUCGUCCACGCACAGUUCGACACCCACCAGGGCAUCUGGAAUCUCAAAGUCUCGCACAAAGGCCGCGUCUUCGACGACUGGUGCAACGUCCUCGUCUCUGCGACUGGCUUCCUCUCACACUGGAAGUGGCCCGACAUUCCUGGCUUGCACGACUUUGCGGGCGUAAAGGUGCAUUCUGCGGCUUGGGAUGAGGAGUGGGAUUACAGCGGGAAGAAGGUCGCAGUGGUAGGGAAUGGGAGCUCCGCGAUCCAGAUCAUGCCCGAGGUGGCGAGAAGCGCGGCGCGGGUUGUGAAUUUCAUUAGGAGUCCGACGUGGAUUACGCCGGGCCUGGGGAGUGCGUUGAUUGGUGGGGAGGUGAAUAGGGUGUAUAGUGAGGAGGAGAAGAGGAGGUUUAGGGAGGAGCCGGGGGAGCUGAAUAGGCAUCGGAAGGAGAUCCAGCAUGGGAGCAACAAGGCGUUCGAUUUGUUCGUCAAAGACUCCUCAGCCCAGAAAGCCGCCUUUGAAUCCACCUCUCAAACCAUGCUCUCGCGCCUGGGCGGCAACACCUCGCUCGCCUCCAAGCUCACCCCAACCUGGGAAGUCGGAUGCCGCCGCGCAACCCCAGGCCCCGGCUACCUCGAAGCCUUCACCUCGCCCCACGUCUCACUCACCACCUCCCCCAUCACCCGGAUCACCCCUUCCGGCAUCCUCACCUCCGACGGCACCCACCACGCCGUCGACGCCAUCAUCUGCGCCACCGGCUUCGACGUCUCGCACCGCCCGCCGUUCCCCUUCCUCGGCCUCGACAACACCGACCUCAGAGACUACUGGAACGACGAGCCUCUCGGCUACCUCAGCGUCGCCUGCCCGUACUUCCCCAACCUCUUCUUCUACUCCGGGCCCAACGCCCCCGUCGGCCAUGGCUCGCUCAUGGCUGCCCUCUCCUGGACCACGCGUUACAUUUCGCUUUGGCUGCGCAAGAUCGCAUCCGAGGACAUUCUUUUCGUAGUCCCCACGCCCGAAGCGACUGAGGAGUUCAAUACGUACGGCGACGAGAUUAUGGAGCGUUUUGUGUGGAGCGGUGGGUGUAGGAGUUGGUAUAAGAAUGGAAGGGUGGACGGGCGCAUUACGGCGGUGUGGCAGGGGAGCGCUAUUGGGUUUAAAGAGGUGGUUGGGCAGUUGAGGCCGGAGGACUUUAGGAUUGUGUGGAGGACGGCGAAUCGGUGGAGGUGGAUGGGCGAUGGAAGGACGAGGGUCGAGAGGGAGGAGGGUGCUGAUUUGGCGUGGUACUUGAAGAAGUAG